AUGCAAAACUGCUAUUACCCGCAGCCCACGCAGCCGCGUAAGGAUGAUGCACCACUUAAGCGCCCUGAUACGGUCCGUGUAAGCCCCGACGAGAUGCGUCGUCCUUUUAUGCAGCUGGACGCCGUCAGUGGCGCCGCCGGAUCAGCAUAUGUAGAACUGGGCCGCACUCGCGUAAUUUGUGCUGUAUACGGCCCACGAAACGACACGCGCCCGCGCCGAGAGUUUAGUAAGGACGGACAAUUAGUAUGCGACGUCAAAUUUGCGCCCUUUGCUGAAGAGAUGACGAGACGGGAGCGUGGCCAGGAUUCGGACGAGAUGGAGUUGUCGGCCAUUUUGGAGGAGGCACUGACCCCGGCCGUAAUGUUGCACAAGCUGCCUAAGUGCGUCUUGUCUGUGUUUCUGACUGUCCUGGAAGAUGAUGGUGGAGUAAUAGCUGCUUCAAUCAAUUGUGCCUCUUUGGCCUUGGCUGAUGCCGCUGUGGAGAUGUACGACGUGGUCACGGCGUCUAGCGCGGGUGUUGUAAAUGGAACAGUUCUACUUGAUCCACUUAAAGAAGAAGAGCAGUCCGGUCAGGGCAAACUGGCGCUGGCCUACAUGCCGUCGGUGGGACGGGUAACAUUCAUGUUACAGUCUGGCAAGAUUCAUCACACGCAGCUGCAGGAGGCAGUCGAUCUCUGCACAGAUGCAUGCACGGGGGUGACACGGUCUCUAGUAACGGCGUCACUAGUGCAGGCAUUAAUUUGA